AUGAACCUCAUAUUUUUCUUCACAAUUGACAUUACAGUGGAAGGACAAGUUCCAUGUUUGUUUGAUGGAGGGAGGAGUGACGUUUUCCCAAUGGAGUUUUUCCUUCCUCCACAAAGGAUGUGCCUAAUCUGCUCAGACGAAGCAUCUGGAUGUCACUAUGGAGCCCUCACUUGUGGAAGUUGCAAAGUGUUCUUUAAGAGAGCUGCUGAAGGGAAGCAGAAGUAUCUCUGCGCUAGCAGGAAUGACUGCACCAUAGAUAAACUGAGGAGGAAGAACUGUCCAUCCUGCCGUCUGAGGAAGUGUUUCGAGGCUGGGAUGACCCUGGGAGCUAAUUCUGUUGUGGCUUGAGUUUGCUCCUCCAUAUCCUACCAGACCUCAGCACCCUGCCAUUACUCACAGCCACUCAAUUGUGUUGUCAUGACUAUAAUCAUCUCUGCCAUCCUUCAUACCAUUUACUUGUACUUUUGAUAAUGAAAGGUUUAAUAAAGUUUUACUAGAGUAUUUGCGGCAGUAUUUUAUUCAUGGACUACUUGGGUCAUAUUCCAUACAGGUUAUCUUUACUUGUACUUAAGUGAAAUGAUUAGCUAAUA